CUGGGUCUCUAGAGGAGCCCAGGAAGGAGGCUCCGCUGGUGUCGCCGGUCCAGGAGCUGCCGGGGCCGGGCUGCGGCAGUUGUUAGCGGGUCAUGUCGGCCGCCCAGGGCUGGGACAGGAACCGCCGGAGGGGAGGAGGCGCCGCUGGCGGUGGCGGCGGCGGAGGUAGCGGGGCCAGCGGGGGCAGUGGGGGCAGCGGGGGUCGGGGUACCGGCCAGCUCAACCGCUUCGUGCAGCUCUCCGGGCGGCCGCACCUGCCAGGUAAGAAGAAAAUACGAUGGGACCCAGUUAGGAGGCGCUUCAUUCAGUCCUGUCCCAUCAUAAGGAUCCCUAACAGGUUUUUGAGAGGCCACAGACCUCCACCAGCACGAAGUGGACAUCGGUGUGUGGCAGAUAAUACCAAUCUGUAUGUGUUUGGAGGUUAUAACCCAGACUAUGAUGAGUCGGGAGGGCCAGAUAAUGAAGACUAUCCUCUGUUCAGGGAGCUUUGGCGGUAUCAUUUUGCUACUGGAGUGUGGCACCAGAUGGGUACAGAUGGCUACAUGCCCCGAGAACUGGCAUCUAUGUCACUUGUGCUGCACGGAAACAAUCUGUUAGUGUUUGGAGGUACAGGCAUCCCAUUUGGUGAGAGCAACGGCAAUGACGUCCAUGUCUGUAAUGUGAAGUAUAAGAGAUGGGCUUUACUCAGCUGUCGGGGGAAGAAACCCAGUCGUAUAUAUGGACAGGCCAUGGCUAUCAUCAAUGGCUCCCUUUAUGUCUUUGGAGGGACAACUGGCUAUAUUUACAGCACAGAUCUGCACAAAUUAGAUCUCAAUACCAGAGAGUGGACACAACUGAAACCAAACAACCUAUCCUGUGAUCUGCCAGAAGAGAGAUACAGACAUGAAAUUGCACAUGAUGGGCAGAGGAUUUACAUCUUGGGAGGUGGUACUUCCUGGACAGCAUAUUCCUUAAACAAGAUCCAUGCAUACAACCUUGAAACGAAUGCAUGGGAGGAAAUCGCAACAAAACCCCAUGAAAAAAUAGGUUUCCCUGCAGCCCGAAGAUGUCACAGUUGUGUUCAAAUUAAAAAUGAUGUAUUUAUUUGUGGGGGCUAUAAUGGAGAGGUGAUCCUGGGAGAUAUCUGGAAAUUGAAUCUGCAGACUUUUCAGUGGGUGAAGCUCCCAGCUACCAUGCCUGAGCCAGUUUAUUUUCACUGUGCAGCUGUUACACCAGCUGGUUGCAUGUACAUUCAUGGAGGAGUGGUGAACAUCCACGAAAACAAACGGACUGGGUCAUUGUUUAAGAUCUGGCUGGUGGUACCUAGCCUGCUGGAACUGGCAUGGGAGAAGCUGCUUGCGGCCUUCCCUAACCUAGCAAACCUCUCCCGAACACAGCUUCUGCACCUUGGACUCACACAGGGACUCAUCGAGCGCUUGAAAUGAGGAUUUCUGGACUGUUCAUUCAUACUGGAAAUGUUAAUUUAAAGAGACUUCUUUAUUUAUGGGCAGUGUAGAAUGUGCUACAAAGAGGAUUGGUUACCCUGAUCAAGGCCUUAUUCAGAAAAUACAUCAGAUGCCUUUCUGUAAAUUGGUUUUUAAGUUUAUGGAAAUCUGACUUUCCUUUGUGCUUCCUUCUUUGCUUCUCUACCCCCGCUCACAACCUCAAUACUCACACACAUGCUUACAUACUCACUCUUCCUUGAUGGAGUUGAGGGAAAGUCUAAAAGUACCUUAAUGUUACAAAUCAAGACAAGAUAUCAAAUUUUUUUUAAAGGAACUCUGAACAUAUGACCAUAUCGGUCAGUGCUCCACAAAUUAAAGCAUCAUUAUUGACAAAAACAAAACUAAAAGAAAAAGAAAAAAAAAUCCAGCAACAACAAGCAGUUAUCAGUUUGGGGAUA